AAUAUUUCGAGGUUCCAUUUCAAGAAUUCAUAUUCUCUAAUAAUAUCCCCCUCUUUCUAAUAUCACAUUCGGUGGUUUCAAAAAUCAAUCGGAGACACCUCUCGAACCGGCAUAUUCUGCAGUCUUCCUCCGCCGUCCGCUACCGUUUAUUUCCGGUAAACGAUGACGGAGGAUUAUGUUGAAGGUGACGCCGCCUCGUAUUCGGAAUCAGAUAUUGAUUCCGAAUACGAGUUUGAUGCUCCUCAAUUUUAUGAUUUUUCUAAAGAUGAGACCGAAUCGGAGGCUGAAGAUGCUGAAAACUGGUUCCGAUCCGCUCAUGAAUAUCCACCUUCACCUUUUCUUGUGAAGUAUAAGUUGAUGAAGGCAGCCAAAAAAAUUCGUAUGAAACCUCACAAUACCACAUCCACAAAUAAAGAAGCUAAUAAAAAAACUAGUACAUCCAGCAAUUCAGAUUGUGACAUUGAUCAUAAAGCUGCCACAAGAGAAGUCAAAGACAAAGUCAAAGGUGUGAAGCAUCAUAGUCAUAUUCCACAGAAUAAAAUGAAAGCUAAAUCAAAGUCUGCAGUCAACUUACCUAAACUAAGCGGUUCAUCGUUCAUGAAACCUACUGCUAGUCAUUUGGCGAAGCAAAAUAAAGAGAGUAAUGACAUACAUUCGGGUGGCGGUUGUGGAAGGCUGCAGAAGCCGUUCGUUAGUGCAGGUGAGAAGUUACGGUCUCCUAUCCGAUGCCAAAACCAAACCACCAAAAGACAGAAGCUAGAAUUCGGUUAUUUGCGUAAGGCUGCACAAUUAAAGCACCGGCCUACAUUUUCGCACAAGGUUGCUAAGAAGGCUGCAAAAUUGGAAGGUAGCUCAAAUUUUAGUGUUAAAACUACUAUUCCCAAAACACCUGCAUUGGUAACACAAGAGAGAGCUCAAAGGUUACAGGAUAAGUAUAACUCAGUUCUACAACCGAAAGCGAUUCAUGCUGUUAGAGCACGGCCAUUGAAUAGAAAAGUCGGUGAUUGCAAUUUACUGCGACAGACUCUCGAUGCUCUUAAGUUGCCCCAUCGUACGAAGAGCAUGAGUCAGUCAAAUGAGUUUCAAACAAAGCUCUGGAAAUACUGGAAAGAAAGACAAAUGCAGACCAUCAAAUAAAGUACAAGCUUGUACAAUUUACUGCUGCAGGAGCAUGAAUAGCGGUCGACGUUUACAAUGAAGGUUGUUUGAAGAUUAUUCGGGAUGAAGAUAAACAUGCAAUGUGCACAAGUUGUUUUGUAUUUCGACUUCUAAGUAUGGAUAAAAAACACUUGCGGCGGAAUCUUUAACAUUAGUUCAUUGUCAUGUAUAAGAAAGCCUAGGUACCAAACCAAAGGCGGUAUGAUCCCAAAACACACGACGAAUAAACCUUUUGAUAAACAAAACAUAGUAGAUGCUCUUAUACAUCAAGAUCUUUUGUGUAAUGAACAGUUUGUGUUUUAUAAGUUGGUGUUGGAUUGUGAUAAAAAGACAUAUCAUACGAUUUUCGAA